AUAUGAGUUUUUUUAUGUGGACUAGAUUUUGAACAGCGCGCGUUGCGUGUCCUAACCUCGAAGAUGUCUUGACUUUCUAAUUUAGACGCAUGCGCACAACAAUCUUAGCUUCACAACAUCCGGUCAUGACUUUUGGCUUCCUCCUAGAGGAAUUACAAACCACUUGAACCUAUUCAAUAAAUACAAUAAUUUAAUACACAUUGAGUCUGGAAGAUGAAAUUGAAAAAAGAUUUUUGCAGUUUAUUUAUAAUGUCAGUUUACCAAUAUAAACAGUAUCCCUAUCAAGGUUUGCGGCUUCCUUUACAUCAAAUAAUAGACUUGGUUUUCGCGUAUCUUGGAGGAGUAAAGUAAAUUGGAGUGUUCUUAGUCUUUUCAAUUGAUCUACAAGCUCUGUAGUAGCCAUUCUAAAUUAAAGACAGCAUGGUAAUUAUAAAAAACCUUGUUUCAUAUAGGGCCUAUUUCAACAUAAACAUAACCUAUCAAGACGUAACGCGAGAGUGUACAACUGCAAGAUCGCAGGUAAAAUGGAAGUCCGCAAAGCACGAGCGCGAAAAACAAAUGCAAGCUAAUGCGACUGACGCAAGGAGGCAAACAGCAGCAAGCAGCUCAUUACCUCUUGAACGACGGACUGCAAUAGCCGCUUCGCUAAUUUACUGCAUUGAUAAUUUCAUUCACCGGAAAGACAUCAAGACAUCAUCGAAGAUCAUGGAUUCGGCAAAACCAACUCAAAACGAGCUUGCAACGCCGGCAAACGCAAAGGAAGAAAAGCGAGUCACUUACCAACAGGUGAUGAGGUAGAUGGAAAAGGAUUCAGUGCGGAUGGCAGCCGAAUCCUUGGCCAUCAAGGAUCGUAUUUUCAAGUUGAGCCAGACAAUGAGGGCUGCACUACAAAAAAACAAUGAUUACAUUUGAAAAGUACAUUUACACUUGUGAAUUUUUUAAAAAUUACAAUAAAUAAUAAUAAUUGUAAUUUAAAAAUUACAA